CCCAUUUAACGCUGUCUAACCUAACUUUCCAGUCGAAAUGUCGUCCUUUGCGAAUUUAAUAAUAACAAGGGGGAUUUCUACGAGUUGUGUGAGGCAUGGAAAAAGGAAUUUCAAGAAAUUUAGUCUGUUUAACAAACGUGGGUCACGGCAGUACAAGGAGGCGCAACGAAAUAACCCGGAACCUGAUAUUCCUAUAUACAAGAGAGGGUUGAGGGAUACUGGCUUCUACAAUGAAGGAAAAUAUGUGCAUGUACCUGAGAAAGUACCAGAAUUGAUUGUUCCAGAUUUAACGGGUUUUAAGUUGAAGCCCUAUGUUUCAUAUAAAACCCCAGAUGUGGUCCAAUCAGAAUUCACAGCUGAAGAUUUGUUUAAUGUUGUUUAUGCUCCAAAAAUAGCCCAAGAUUUAAAAGAGGGUAAAUUAAACAAUGAUGGAACUCCUUUAGAACCUUCAGCUGAGGAAAAAUUAACCAAAGAAGAUGCUUAUAAUAGAGCAAGACAAACUGGUUCAGAUAUAUUUUAGUUUUUGUUGAUUUAGUCUAGGUGUAAAUAAAACGAUUGUUAAAAUAA